AUGUUCGAAAAAAGGAAUAUGGCGAUUGACCUCUCUCACAUCCAGAUCGAGGACUUCAGAAAAUUCAAGAACCUGCUCUACACCGGCUGUCUAGACGAGGAACCAUCCGACGACGAACUGCUGGACUUGUUCGAGUUGGUGGACCAUUACCAAGUGCAGCACCUGUGCGAAGUGCUUGCCGAGCAUAUUCACCGCCGGCUCUCUCCGCAAAACUUUGACAAGUUCUGUCAUUUCUCCAUCACGCACUGCAGCGAGCUGCUUAGGCUUCCCUGCUGCAUAUACGCCGCAUCUAACGAUAAUGUCAAGGCGCAGUUCAACGGAGGGAAGCUCUCCGAGCCCGUCACAGAGGAGCUGGCGCGGUUUUUCGAUGUUGACGUGAAUCCGUCGAAAAAAAGGCGCUUUUCCUUGUAG